AAGUGAAUAAUAUAUAGUUUUUGUGUAAACAUACAUAUGCAUGUAUGAGCACAGGAAAGAGGUGAAGAUGGAGGGAAGUAUCCGCUGCUCCGCCAACUACGUUCCUCUCACUCCGAUCACCUUCUUGGAGCGCGCCGCCGUGGUGUACCAGGAAAGAGUUUCUGUGGUCUUCGGUGACGUCACCUACACGUGGGCACAGACACACCAACGCUGCAUCAAACUCGCUUCUUCCAUUUCUCAACUAGGAGUUUCUCCUCGCGAUGUGGUUGCUGUAUUGGCCCCUAAUGUUCCAGCUAUGUAUGAGCUACAUUUUGCUGUUCCCAUGUCAGGGGCUGUGCUUUGCACGCUAAAUACACGUCAUGAUUCUGCAAUGGUUUCAUUGUUGUUAAAACAUUCUGAGGCCAAGCUUUUUUUUGUUGAUUACCAAUUACUUGAUGUUGCUAAAGGGGCACUAGAAAUCCUCUCAAAAACCGCCUCCAAGAUUCCCCUUUUGGUGUCAAUUUUUGAGUGUGGUCACCCAUCACCUUCCACUGCUAAAGGAACCUUGAUAUAUGAGGAUCUUAUAGCUAACGGGGAUGUUCAAUUCGAGGUGAGGAGGCCAAGAGAUGAAUGGGAUCCGAUCUCACUCAAUUACACUUCUGGAACUACAUCGAACCCCAAGGGGGUAAUCUACAGCCAUAGAGGUGCCUAUCUUAAUGCUCUGGCUACAGUUCUUCUUAAUGAGAUGAGGUGUAUGCCGGUAUAUUUAUGGUGUGUUCCCAUGUUUCAUUGCAAUGGUUGGUGCCUCCCUUGGGGCAUUGCUGCUCAGGGUGGCACAAAUGUUUGCCAAAGAAAUGUAACUGCUGAAGGGAUAUUUGAUAAUAUUUUUAGGCACAAGGUUACCCACAUGGGCGGUGCACCAACUGUUUUAAACAUGAUCAUUAACUCACCCCCUAAUGUCCGGAAGCCACUUCCCGGAAGGGUGGGGGUGAUGACGGGUGCUGCACCUCCGCCACCAGAUGUGAUUUUUAGGAUGGAAGAGCUAGGAUUUGAUGUGACUCAUUCAUAUGGUUUGACAGAAACCUAUGGUCCAGGAUCAAUUUGCACCUGGAAACCAGAAUGGAACAAUCUGUCUAAAGAUGCACAAGCAAAACUCAAGGCCCGUCAAGGAGUGCCCCAUGUUGGAAUGGAAGAGCUGGAUGUUAAGGAUCCUCAAACAAUGAAGAGUGUACCAGCUGAUGCAAAAACCAUGGGUGAGGUUAUGUUCAGGGGCAACGUAGUGAUGAAUGGAUAUCUGAAGGACUUGAAAGCAACCCAAGAAGCAUUUAAAGGUGGAUGGUUUAGGACUGGUGAUUUGGGAGUAAAGCAUCCUGAUGGAUACAUAGAGCUUAAGGAUAGGUCAAAGGAUAUCAUCAUCUCAGGGGGAGAAAAUAUUAGCACAAUUGAGCUUGAAGGAGUGAUUUUUAGUCAUCCAGCAGUUCUCGAGGCAGCUGUUGUUGGGAGACCUGAUGAUUAUUGGGGAGAGACACCUUGUGCAUUUGUGAAGCUCAAGGAAGGGUGCAGUGCUACGCCACACGAGAUAAUACAAUUUUGUCAGAAUCGUUUGCCUCGGUUUAUGGCUCCUCGAACUGUAGUUUUUGCUGAUCUGCCAAAGACUUCAACCGGCAAGACACAGAAAUUUGUUCUGAGGGAGAGGGCAAAGGCUUUGGGAAGUUUGUCUAAGAAGAACACUAGCAUGUUAUAAACUGCAUUUAUUCUGAAAUUUGAAUGCAAUGUUCUUAAUGUUAUGUGCUUUCAGGUUGUUAUUUCAUUUCCGCUUGCAAAUAAAAUAAAAUUUGUGUAUUUGCCUGAAUA